GUGAUGCAGAAUUACUUUGAACAGCAUAGUGAUUUUAAGGGAGUAACUAAUUUGUCUUUCAAACUAAGUUUUGUAGAAACUAUUACAAAUGUCUUGAUGAAUUUACUUGGCCCUUUUAGUCAAUUGAUGUUGACCGUUUAUAGUACAAGAACAGUUCUGUUUGUAUCUAUCGUUAUUUGCUCACUUGGGCUUUUAUUAGCAAGCUUUAGUACAGAGAUUUGGCAUUUAUACCUAUCACAAGGUGUACUUUAUGGUAUAGGUUGCUCUACUAUUUUCUAUAUUGCAUUGACUGUAGUCCCAGUAUGGUUUGUAAAACAUAGAGGACUUGCAUUAGGAAUUAUUUCUAGCGGUAUAAGUAUUGGUGGACUUGUCAUGCCUUUAGUAAUGGAACCAUUAAAUACAUAUUUUGGAGCAGCUUGGUGUUAUAGAAUUAUGUGCUUAAUAUGUUUUGUGGUCGGUACAUUCUCAUGUUUAAUGUUUAAAAACAAAAAUUUAGCAGAUAAUUUCACAGAUGAAAAACAGAAAAAUAGCAGAAAUGAGACUAGUGAUAUUAAGAGUAAAUUAACUAUGAUAAUGAACAUGUUUGACUUUAGCGUUGCAAAAAAUUGGAGAUUUCUUUUAUGGGUAGUCAUAGAUAUAUUAUUAGAAGCAGCAUAUAAUGUGCCGUAUUAUUUCCUUCCAUCUUAUGCUACUUAUUUAGGAUUGACUCCAUCACAAGGAGCUAUUAUACUCUCUGUAGGAUGUGGUAUGAAUGCUCUUGGUAGAAUUAUAUCAGGGAUUGUAGCAGAUUAUAUUGGUCAUGUUAAUGUUGCUAUUAUAAAUUCUAUCAUAUCAGGAUUAGCGUGUCUUCUUAUCUGGACUUAUUCUAGUGAUUUCCCUAUUUUAAUGACAUUUGCUGUUGUAUUUGGGUUUUUUGGUGGAACUUUCAUUACAUUUACGCCCACGAUAACAUUAUUAAUUACAGGUUAUGAGAAAUUCGAAACAGGUGUAGCUGUAUUUUUAGUUCUUACAGUUAUUUCAAUGUUUGGGCCUAAUCUUGCUGGUGCUAUUGAAGUUUUAUCACAUGCUCCCAAAGCUUUUGACAGUUACAAGUAUUUUACAGGCGCAGGUUAUUUACUAGGUGCUAUUUUAUUAAUUAUUUUUAAAUUUUCUCUAAAUCGUAAUCUAUUUGUAAAAAUCUAA